CAAAGGGGCAGUCCCCUGAGCCUGGGGGCACGGUGAAAGGCUCAGGGCAAGCUCCGAGGGAGUGGAAGGUGUGGGUUCGGCCCUACAGGAGGGUGAAGUUAAAGGGGUCUUUUAAGGGUGGUGCCGAGGCCGCUGCAGCCUCCUCUGACGAACUGGGAAGGUGGUUGUUAUCCGAGGAGACAGGCUGAGGUGGGCAGGUUGCAGAAGCCGAGCGUUUCGGGCGAGGAUUAGAGAGCCUUGCCAGGAGCAAAGGCUCUUCAGCCAUGACCUCCAUCGGCCAAGAUUCUUCUACCAGGCAGCGAAGGAGUAGGCGUGAUCUCCAGUCGCCUCCUCAUGACUCCAAUACCACUGUGAAGCGAGGUAUUAAGAAGGGUACUGUACCCAACUCCAGCCCCAAUCUAGCGGAGGUAAAGAAGAAGGGCAAAAUGAAGAAGCUCAGCCAAGCAGUUGAAGACCUAGCCAUGGGGCUUCAAGGGCUGGAUCUGAUCCCCAAGACAAGACUAGUGGUUGGUACUGGAUUGGUGUUUGAUGAGCAACUAAAUGACUUCCACUGCCUUUGGGAUGACAGCUUUCCUGAAAGCCCGGAGCGGCUCCAUGCAAUAAAAGAGCAGCUGAUCCUGGAGGGCCUCCAGGGGCGUUGUGUAUCCUUUCAGGCCCGGUUUGCUGAGAAGGAAGAGCUAAUGUUGGUUCACAGCCUGGAAUACAUUGAUCUUAUGGAGACAACCCAGUACAUGAAUGAAGGAGAACUUCGCAUACUAGCAGGCACCUAUGAUUCAGUUUAUCUGCAUCCGAACUCAUAUUCAUGUGCCUGCCUGGCCACAGGUUCUGUCCUCAGGCUGGUCGAUGCAGUCCUGGGGGCUGAGAUUCGGAAUGGCAUGGCUGUCAUCAGGCCUCCUGGACACCAUGCCCAGCGCAAUCUUAUGGAUGGGUAUUGCAUGUUUAACCAUGUGGCUGUGGCUGCCCGCUAUGCUCAAAAGAAACACCACAUUCAGAGGGUUCUUAUUGUGGAUUGGGAUGUGCACCAUGGUCAAGGAACACAGUUCACCUUCGACCAGGACCCCAGUGUCCUCUACUUCUCCAUCCACCGUUAUGAGCAGGGACGGUUCUGGCCCCACCUUAAGGCUUCUAACUGGUCCAAUACAGGUUUUGGCCAAGGCCAAGGCUAUACCAUCAAUGUACCUUGGAACCAGGUGGGGAUGCGGGAUGCAGACUACAUUGCUGCUUUCCUCCACAUCCUGCUGCCAGUUGCUUUUGAGUUUCAGCCUCAACUGGUCCUGGUGGCUGCUGGAUUUGAUGCCCUCCAAGGAGACCCCAAGGGAGAGAUGGCUGCCACUCCCGCAGGAUUUGCCCACCUAACACAUAUGCUCAUGGGUCUGGCAGGAGGCAAGUUAAUUCUCUCUCUGGAGGGUGGCUAUAACCUCCAUGCCCUGGCUAAGGGUGUCAGUGCAUCACUCCACACCCUUCUUGGAGACCCUUGCCCCAUGCUGGAGUCCCCUUGUGCACCUUGUGCAAGUGCCCAGACUUCGAUCUCCUGCACUCUAGAAGCCCUUGAACCUUUCUGGGAGGUCCUUGUGAGAUCAGUUGAGCCCCAGGAGGAAGAUGCAGUGAAAGAAGACAGGGUAGAAGAAGAGGAAGAGGAGGAAAGACCCUGGGAAUCUUCUGCACUGACAAUGGAUACAUUGCCAGUGUUCCAGGAUCGCACUGGGCUGGUCUAUGAUGAAAAAAUGAUGAGUCACUGCAACCUAUGGGACAAUCAUCACCCUGAGACACCUCAACGCAUCUUACGGAUCAUGUGCCACCUGGAGGAGUUGGGCCUUGCAGCACGCUGUCUGAUCCUACCUGCACGGCCUGCCACGGACAGUGAGCUCAUUCGCUGCCAUAGUGCCGAGUAUGUGGACCGUCUCCAGGCCACAGAAAAGAUGAAAACCCGGGACCUGCACCGUGAAGGUGCCAACUUUGACUCCAUCUACAUCUGCCCCAGUACCUUUACCUGUGCGCAGCUUGCCACAGGCAGUGCCUGCCGCCUGGUGGAAGCUGUGCUUUCAGGAGAGGUUUUGAAUGGCAUUGCAAUAGUGCGCCCUCCGGGACACCAUGCCGAGCCAGAUGCUGCUUGUGGUUUCUGCUUUUUCAAUUCUGUAGCUGUCGCUGCUCGCCAUGCCCAAGCUAUUGCUGGACGUGCCCUGCGGAUCCUGAUCGUGGACUGGGAUGUUCAUCAUGGUAAUGGAACUCAGCACAUAUUUGAGGAUGACCCCAGUGUACUAUAUGUGUCCCUGCACCGGUAUGACCAUGGCACUUUCUUCCCCAUGGGGCAUGAGGGUGCCAGUAGCCAAGUAGGCCGAGCUACAGGUGUAGGCUUCACUGUCAAUGUGCCCUGGAAUGGACCCCGCAUGGGUGAUGCUGACUACCUGACUGCCUGGCAUCGUCUGAUACUUCCCAUCGCCUAUGAGUUUAACCCAGAAUUGGUGCUGGUUUCAGCUGGCUUUGAUGCUGCGCAAGGGGACCCACUGGGGGGCUGCCAGGUGACACCUGAGGGUUACGCCCACCUUACACACCUGCUGAUGGGCCUUGCCAAUGGCCACAUUAUCCUUAUUCUAGAGGGUGGAUACAACUUGGCAUCCAUCUCUGAAUCUAUGGCUGCCUGCACCCAUUCCCUCCUUGGAGACCCACCACCCCUGCUUACCUUGCUGCGACCUCCACAACCAGCAGCCCUGGCCUCCAUCACUGAGACCAUUCAAGUUCAUCGCAAAUACUGGCGGGGUUUGCGGAUGAUGAAGAUGGAAGACGAAGAGUGUUCUAGUUCUAAGGCUGUCAUCAAGCUGCUCAGAACAGCCAAUCCUGUGUCACCUACAGGAAUGACCACACCAAAAGGAAAGGUUCCAGAAGCAAACACGAGGACAACUACAGCAGUGUCACUUGCAAAAGAAUCUACUCUAAGCCAGGCUAAAUCAAACACAGCUAAGGAAGUGCUUGCUCAGGGCCAGUCCUCAGAACAAGCAGCUCGGGUCAAUACAUGGGACCCUAUGACCUCAGAGGAGACUGUGGGAGGAGCCACAAUGGACCAGCAUGCUUCAGCGGCAGCUACAAAAACCAUACCUAACCAGACCACCUCAGAGGAGGCGGUGGGAGAAACUGAGCCAAUCCCAACCCCUCCAGCCUCAGAUGAAGUCAAGCAGAGCACAGGUGCUUCACCUGUGCAGGGAGCCACAGCCCAGCAGACCCUUGACCAGCUGACUAAGAGUCUUGGCACUUUGGAACUAAGCAGUGGAGCUCAGGAGGUCCCUGAAUCUGAGGAGGGCCUACUCGGAGAAGCAGCUGGAUGUCAGGACAUGAAUAGCUUGAGGUUGACACAAGGAUUUGGGGACUUGAAUGGCCAGGAUGUAUUUUAUGCUGUGACUCCACUAUCCUGGUGUCCCCAUUUGAUGGCAGUAUGCCCCAUUCCUGCUGAAGGCCUAGAUAUGGCCCAACCUUGUAAAACCUGUGGAACACGGCAAGAGAACUGGGUGUGUCUGACUUGCUAUCAGGUAUACUGCAGUCGUUAUGUUAAUGGCCAUAUGGUCUGCCACCACGAAGCCUCUGAACACCCACUGGUCCUCAGCUGUGUUGACCUAUCUACCUGGUGUUAUCUCUGUCAGGCUUAUGUCCACCACCAGGAUCUCCAAGAUGUGAAGAGCGCUGCCCACAAGAACAAGUUUGGGGAGGACAUGCCCCACUCACACUAAGUCCUGAAACAUGCUGCCUCUUUGCCUUCUGAGGCCCCAGACAGCAGUUCACUGAAACCUGUACCUUGAAUGAGGGUGGCCUCACUUUCACCCAUCCUGAAUAUCCUUUGCAAGGUGCUUACUUAAGUGCAAAUCAUUUUAAAAGGACUGAUGUUCACUUGCAGAUAUGCCCAUGCCGACUGCCUGCUCGGGGAACAUCACUGUUCUACCCAGAAGGAAAGAGGGACAGCUUAGUAGCUCUGAGAAGGAGCUGAAACCACAAGGAUGACAUUGAAGGAGACAAUUGGCAGUUGUAGCAGGGUUGCGUAUUUAAUAAAACUUAAGUUGCCAUGAAACCUG